AUGGCAAACUCUACAAUCAACAAACAUGAGGAGCAGAGUGAUUCGGAAAAUGCAGUCGUGGACCUCCCGCUACGCCGGGCCCCAGCGGCAGCCUCAACCACAACGCGCCCGCCAACUGACGAUCCAGUCUUUGGCGCUAACCAGCUCGGUACCGGGUUGACCACCGAAGACACCCAGAACAAACUCGAGGAGGCUGGAGCCCGUUCAUCUUGGACUCUUCAAGAAGCUGAAGAGCUUCAAGGACUCCAGAUCGAAUGGAAAGAGAAGGCCAGUGAUAUUGAAGCGUCGCUCAAGGAGAUACGAAAGGAGAAAACCCAUUUGCAAGAGGCUCUGAUCCAGAAACAAAGCCUCCUAGCCCACUACAACGCAGAGAUAGAGCGCAGAGCCAAGCAGAUCGAGGAAUAUGUAGCCUCAAUCACCAGGUUGGGAGCGGAAGUCGCCAAGCUCGAAGCUGAUGAGAAGGUCUGGGCAAGGCGGCUCCAAGAUCAAGCCGAGCGAGAAGACGAGCUGGUGGCCCUGGCGUACCUUUAUUCCGAGCCAGUUGGGAAUGAGAUGACCAGUAUGAGUGACGACGACUUCCAGAACUUGAUGCAACGCGUCGACUCGAGAGCAGCUAAGUGUCGCCUGCUCCGGGUCCAACGCGGUCGCUAA